GAAUUCAGAUGUAAGCCACAUGCUAGUGGAAAGAAAACAAAAGCACAGGAUGAAUAGUAAAGAAGGUGUAAUCAAUAGGUUAUCACAUAGAAAGAGUGCUGCUUUGACUGAUGCUGUCUUGGAGAACCCAUCAGAAAACAAUGACUCUUCACUGGAUGAUAUCUUACCCAGCAUACACCAAGCCAAUGAAACACACUGGAAGCAUCAAAAAGAGAGCUCCGGUUUUCCAUAUGCACUUAGUGGGUCAUCAUCCCCGGAUAAUUACUCUGUUCAAGGAGACCUGUUUGAAGCUGAGCUGAAUAAUCGAUUGCGCUCCCUCAUCCCAAACCAAGCUGUGAGAAACCUUAUCUCCCAUGUGAUCCGAACCCUGAAAAUGGACUGCACUGAGCCCAGGGUGCAGCUGGCCUGUGCGAAGCUCAUCUCCAAGACAGGCCUGCUCAUGAAACUGUUCAGCGAGAGAGAAGAUAUCAAAGAAACCUCCUCUUUGUGGCGAACGUACCUCUGGGAAAACGGGAACGCGCCCAACGAGAGCACCCACCAGAGGAAAGCCAGCAAGAAAGAUUCAGAGGAGUUAUCCCCGGAGCCUCCCCAAUACAGCCACGGCAACAAGCUGCUGCUGGCAAUAUCGGUGACGGUGGUAAUAAUGAUUAUUAUUGCAGUGAUUUGUCUCACCGAGCAGAUUUGUUCCCAAAGAUCCGCAGCAUCUUCUCAAUCAACACAUGAUAACAAAACACAGUCAAAAUGGUCCUUUCAGAAACUCUCCCAAGAGAGAAAUAGCAAAAUCUCUUCUGAAGCGAUUCAUCAGGUCCCUGGUGUAUCAGAGUCUUCAAGUAUGGAGAAACCGCUUUGGCUUAGAGACAUGUAUCUCCCACUGGAUUCUAUACGUAAAAAAUCCAUGGCCCAGAAGUUAUAUGACAGAGAGUCUUCGGAUGAGGAAGAAAUUUUCAACAGGGCUGAUGUAAGAAGACAAUAUGAGUGGUCGUCCAGCAAAGAAAGCUACUAACUUGUACUUUUGUGAAUACUGCUGUAUAUCAAGAGUACUGUAUAAAGUUAUAAUGUUGCUCUAUGUUACAUAGAUAAAACGGGAAG